AAGAACAAGUUUUAUGGUUUUCUCUAUUUGAAGUUGAACUGUUGCUGCUUUAGGCAAUUGGAGAUGAUUCUGAGCUUUUGCUUUUAGGGUUCCUUUGGCUGCAGUUCGAUAGAUACGGAAGGAUCAUUUUUAUUCUUUACAACGAAGAAAUGACGUGUAAAAGCGAUGACACUGUGGUUUCGGAGCUGAAAAUGCAAAUGGGCGAUGAGAAAGGGGAUUAUGUGACACUGGGUCCCUUCAACGAUAGUGAACUCGGGGAGUUCCAGGAGGAGCCUCCAUGUCCUAAACAGGGAAGGUCUCUCUGUUGGUGGGUGAAGGUGCUUUCAUUGUGCAUUUGCUUGGCGGGGCUCGCCGUGGUCGUUAUUGUCUGGGUCGGGCCUAUCGUCAUGAAUAAGGUGGUUAUCCCAAGCCUAAAUUGGGAGAGGAACACAUUUAGCAUGCCAGUACUUGUGGUCAUACUCUUUGCUUCUGUGGCAUUAUUUCCUGCUUUUUUGGUGCCGUCUGCACCUUCUAUGUGGGUUGCUGGAAUGACUUUUGGUUAUGGAUAUGGAUUCCUACUAAUUAUGGCAGCACUGACAGUGGGUGUCUCAUUGCCAUAUUUCAUUGGUUCUUGCUUUCAGCAUAAAAUCAAUAGGUGGUUGGAGAGAUGGCCAAAGAGAGCUGCCUUUAUUAGAUUAGCUGGUGAAGGAAAUUGGUUUCAUCAGUUCCGAGCUGUGACCUUACUCAGGAUUUCUCCAUUUCCUUAUAUUUUAUUCAAUUAUGCUGUUGUUGCAACAAAUGUCAAGUACUGUCCUUACAUUUUGGGGUCAUUGGUGGGAAUGGUGCCCGAUGUUAUCGUUGCUAUCUACAGCGGCAUUCUAUUAGGGACAUUGGCUGAGGCAACGCAGGAGCACAGGUCCCUUACAGCACAGCAGGCCAUCUUGAAUGUCAUUGGUUUCUGUUUUACAGUGGCUACUACCGUAGUCAGCACAGUUUAUGCCAAGAGGAAGCUGAAUGGACUAAAGGAGGAAGAGGAAUUGGUACUGGAGUAAGAGGCUUGGCUUGACUCAGAGUUGCGGAGAACUCAUUCCUUUGGAGCUGGAUCAAGCUGUGCAGCUAAAAAUAGUUCCAGGUGCAUGGGUGGUCUAUUAUUUUUACCAUCACUGCAAUUGGCCACGUGAUGGUGUUGACAUUUCUGACGUGGAUGAUGCAGGGUAAACCACAUCAGCCUGCUGGGAGAAGGCAUACAUUGUUUGAGUGUAAAUAUAUACAAACAGUUGUGGUGUUCAGAUUUAACAUUGUUUUGAUUGUCCAUAGAAUGAGUGGGAAGGCAAUGAACUUAUUGCCAGUUUCAUGGUUCAA